AUGUUUUCCUUUAUUUUUUGUUAUUGUACACCUGUGUUCUUUUGGUUUAAAUCUCUUUCUUUUACUUAUUUCAUUGCUCUAUCAUCUAUCAAUCUAUAUUUUUCUUUCCUUUUUAUUACAAGUCUUUCUCUCUUUUUAAACAAUCUUUGUAUACAUUUCUCUCUCUGUCAAUUUUUCUCUCUCUCUCUCUCCAUUCUUUUUUCACUCAAUAUGUCUUCCUCUUUUUCUCAAGGUCCAAAUAAUCUUUGUCUCUCUCUCCCUCUCCUAAUCUUUCUCUCACAUUCUCUAUAUUGUUUUUCUAGUUCCAUCAGGUCUUUUAUUCUGUACUUCUUUCUUUUUCUCUUUUUAUUUGUGUUGAUUUCUGAUGGUGUCACUAUCUUUGAUCUCUUUCUUUCUCUUAUCUCUUUUCUUUCUCUUAUCCUUCUCCCUCUCUCUAUUUCUUCUCUCUCUCUCUUUUAUCUUUUUCUUUUUUAUCUUUUAUCCAUUUUUCUCUCUCUCUCUCUUUUAUCCCUUUUUCUCCCUCUCAGAGAGAGAGAGAGAAUAAGGGAUAAAUUUUCUCUUUUCUCUCUCUUUUCACUCUAUCUCUUUUUUUCUCUCAUUCUAUUUCUUUUUUCUCUCAUUCUAUCUCUUUUUCUCUCUCUCUCUCUCUCUUUCUUUCUCUCUCUCUUUCUUUCUCUCUCUCACUCUCUCUCUCUCUCUCACUCUCUCCUUUUCUCUCUCACUCUCUCCUUUUCUCUCUCACUCUCUCCUUUUCUCUCUCACUCUCUCCUUUUCUCUAUCACUCUCUCUCUCUCUAACUCUCUCUAUCUUUUUUCUCUCACUCUCUCCCUCUUUUUCUCUCUCACUCUCUCUAUCUUUUCUCUCUCACUCUCUCUCAUUUUUUCUCUCAUUCUCUUUCAUUUUUUUCUCUCUCAUUUUCUCUCUCACUCUCUCUCUCUCUUAUUUUUCUCUCUCUCCCCCAUUUUUUUUCUUUCUCUCACUCUCUCUCUUUAUGUCUUUGUGCAUCUCUGGAUUUCUUUGUUAUACUAUCUAUAUUUUAUUAUCUCUCUCUUUUUCAACCUCAUACUCUUCCUUUCUGUCCAUCUCUUACCCUAUCUUCUUUUUUCUGCUUUUAUUGAUUUCUCUCUCUCUUUCUCUCUCUCCCUUCUAAUGUCAACAUCUUUUUCUAAUCUUUUCUUGUCUCACUGUUUUCUUCAUUUUGUUCAUGUUUUUGUACUCUCUGUCUCAAAAAAUUUCUCACAAAAUCUUUGUCCACCUCUUUUUUUCUUAUCGACCAUAAUAUCUCUUUCUGCAAUUAUCUCUCUCUCCCAGAUUAUCCCCUUCUUCUCAUUCUUACUAUCACUCAUUUUCUGUUAUAUUCCACACUCUCAAAUUGUUAAUUCUUAUUCUCUUUCAAUAUCUAUCACUCUGUCUCUUACUCUAAAUUUCCUACUCUCUCAAUUUAUAUGUCUCUCUGAUAAUUCUUACUCUCUGUCAGUCCAUAUCUGUCUCCUCUUAUUUCUGUCUGUUUUUCUCUAUCUUAGUUCACUUUUAAAUAAUGUCACACUCUCUCUCAAUCUAUAUAUUUGUCUCACUUUAUUAUUUCCCACUGUCUCUCUGUUUGUCUCUCUAUCAUUUCUUUCUCUAUCUAUAUAUCUGUCUCUUACUCUAAAUUUCCUGCUCUCUCAAUUUAUAUCUGUCUCUGUUAAUUCUCACUCUCUUUCAGUCCAUAUGUCUCCUUCUUAUUUCCUACUGUGUGUCUGUCUCUGUCCAUUUUUAAAUGAUAUCACUCUCUCUUAA